ACACCAUUCUCCUUCCGACCAGGAAAUACGGAGGGAGAGAGGCUCCGACAGUGUAUCUUCAUAACCAAAGCUUGACAAACUCGACGGUCCGGAUUCAAUCGCCAAAAUGUCGUGGCAGACUUACGUCGACGACCACCUGAUGUGCAACAUCGAAGGCAACCAUCUCGCUUCCGCUGCCAUCGUCGGUCACGACGGCAGCGUCUGGGCUCAGAGCUCCAACUUCCCCAAGUUUAAGGCUGAAGAGAUUACGGCGAUCAUGAAAGAUUUCAAUGAGCCGGGGACUCUUGCCCCGACUGGUCUGCACCUUGCCGGCACUAAGUACAUGGUUAUUCAAGGCGAGGGUGGAGCUGUUAUUCGUGGCAAGAAGGGCUCCGGAGGUGUAACUGUGAAGAAAACUUGCCAGGCUUUGGUUUUUGGUAUAUAUGAAGAGCCUUUGACACCAGGACAAUGUAAUAUGAUUGUGGAGAGCUUGGGAGAUUACCUGAUUGAUCAGGGUCUGUAGGAUCGCAUCUCUCCCCGUAUGGUGUUCAUAUUUUCAUUUCUAUUUUUUCUUGGGGUUCAUGGUGUGGCUUCUUGCAUUGGUGGUGUUGCUUAAAAUUACCGUGUGGAAACAGUGAAAAGAGUUAUGGUGUUUAGGAUUCGAUACCCUUGGUUUACAUGGUUUAUGUAUUUUUAUUUACCCAGCUGUUUGCUUGCUUUAGAUCUAAAUAUCAUUGGAUUACACUAUAUGAUAAAGAGAAAUGAUCUUUCAUUA